AUGCCUCAGCAUCUCAAAAUCGCCAUCGUAGGCGCCGGUCCUGCUUCUCUUACUCUCGCCAACAUCCUACAAAAGAAUGACAUCCCCUUCACCAUGUUUGAAGCUUCGAGUGAACUACGCACACAAGGCGGCUCACUCGAUCUACACCCAGCAUCUGGCCAGCUCGCUAUCAAAGAAGCCGGACUAUGGGACGUGUUCACUCAGCAUGCCCGCCCAGAGAGCGAUGUAAUGAAGAUUGUCAACAUGGAUGGAGAGGUGCUAUGGGAUGAGAAUGGAACUGACAAGCAAAAAAUUAAAGAAGAGGACAAGUUUGGCGGGCGACCAGAGAUUGAUCGUAUGGAGUUGGCGAAACUCAUGUAUGAGAAUCUGGAAGAGGGGAAAGUGCAAUUUGGAAGGAAGCUAAAAGAGGCUGUGCCGAGUGAGGCGGAAAUGGGAAAGUAUGACUUGCACUUUGCCAAUCAAACAAAAGAGACGGGAUUCGAUCUUAUCGUCGGUGGAGAUGGCGCUUGGUCAAAGGUUCGCAAACUGGUUUCUGAUCAGAUGCCGGAGUACUCUGGUAUCUCGUCAGUGACGUUGACGUGCAACGAUAUCAAAGCCAAUUCCUGGCUACUGAAUUACGUCGGCGAAGGAUCCAUGAUGGCAUUCGGCAAAGACUGCGCUGUCCAGUCUCAACGACAGGGCGAUGGCAGCGUACGUACUUACGCAUCCCUGCGUGUGCCAGAAGACUUCUUCAGGACUUGCGGCAUCGACUGGUCCGAGACAGACACCGCACGCAAAGAGUACAUUGAGCGAUACAUUUCGCACAUCCAUGAGGAUCUUCAACGUGUCCUAACUUCAUCUACUGACGAGUUCACCCCACGCGCCUUUUACGAACUGCCCGUCGGAUUCCGCUGGUCUUUUCGCUCGGGCGUAACGCUCAUUGGAGAUGCUGCGCACGUAUUUACGCCCUUUGCUGGCGAAGGCGUUAAUGUCGGCAUGAAGGACGCGUUGGUACUGGCACAGGAGAUUGCAAAAAUAUGUAAUGGCGAGAAAAGCCUAGAUCAGGGUAUCAAAGAAUACGAGGAGGAAAUGUUUCCUCGCUCAACAAGCGCGGCAGUCAAAACAGCAAAGGGCAAGGACGGCCACUUUAGUGAGACUGGGGCGAAGGAAUUUGCGGAUAGGUUGAAGGCGCACUAUUAUGGGAACAAGGAGAAAUAG